AUGACGCAAACCCAGCUGCCUUCGUGUAUCGUUCAUGCCUUCCGACAGCUCAAGAUCCCAACCGAAGGAUUGGUUCAGGCCUCGCCUGAAAAGAUCACCGAUACCACUCAAGGUUUGAGCUAUUUUGUCAAGACGACAAGCUCACUUGAUGUCGUGACAAGAUUCAGGGAAAGUAUCCUCUUUAUAUUUGUAUCUUGUAUCCAACAUGAACCUAUCUACUGCGAUUCGUCACCUGGAACCCAUCUCAUUCAAGGAGAAGCAGAAUCACUCCGAGCACUUCGAGCUGCUUCACCUGCAGGCUUUGUGCCAAACCCGUUGGGGAUUUUCAUCCAGGAGGGUAAAACGGUCAUGAUUUCAGAAUAUUUUGAUCUGUCCCACAUGGAUUCUAAACUUGAGCGCUCGCUGGCCCGUCAAUUAGCCAGGAUGCAUGAUCCUACUAAUCCCGCCUCUCAAGCGCCAAAUGGAAUGUACGGAUUUGAUGUUCCGACACAUUGUGGUGAAACCGAACAGGAUAACACCUGGGAGAAAGAUUGGAUGGUGUUUUUCAGAGACCGACGCAUUAAGAGUUUGGUGGACAGAAUCGGAGAUGAGGAUAUAAAGCAAUUGGGAAAAACCCUUUGUGACGAAGUCAUUCCAUUUCUGCUCACAGAUUUCCAUCCAGCCCCCGUGCCUGUAAUUAUCCAUGGUGAUCUAUGGUCGGGAAAUAUAUCAGUGAAUCGACAGACUGGUGAGCCGGUCUUGUUUGACCCGUCGAGCUAUUACGGACAUAGCGAAGUUGAACUGGGUAUCAUGAAGAUGUUCGGAGGCAGGACCAAUGCGUUUUUCGAAGAAUAUCACAAGCACCGACAUAGAAGCGAACCUCAUCACGAAGAGCGAAUCAGGUUAUACGAGCUCUACCAUCACUUGAAUCACACAUUGAUAUUUGGUGGAGGCUACCGGCACGGUGCUAUCAAGAUUAUGAAUGAGCUCAUUAAAUUCAUGAGGAAGGAAACCCAUUCUUGA